AUGUCGCCAGUCCCAGUACCAGAAAUGGGGAUUGCCGCGUCCGCUCCACCCCGCACCGUCGUCGUCCUCGGCGUGAGCUACGGCGGCGGGCAUGCGGCCAAACUCCUCGCAUCCCAGCUCCCACAGGGGUGGCGAGCCGUCGCCAUCGACCGCAACUCGCACAUGAACCACGUCUACGUCUUCCCGCGCGUCACUGCCCUUCCCAAGCUCGCGCCAAAGGCUUUCCCACCAUACACCAACCUGUUCAAGCUCCCACCCGCGCCUGAAGUCGAACCCGAAGCUGGAUCGCCAGCGUUUUUCCAGGUCACGCAGAAGCGAGGGGUUACAAACGGGCCUCACGAGUUUAUCCAUGGCGAGAUUACACGCCUCACACCGAACAAAGUCUUCUUCCGCCGGCCCGGUGAGACGGAGGACGAAACACUUGCCUUUGAUUACUGCAUCCACGCAUUGGGUGCGAGCUUGCCGGCACCGUGUGAUGUUUGGAGCGAUAACGAGGCAUCUGGAACGAAGAAGGGCGCCAUGAGCUGGAUGCAGAGGCAGCAUGGAGUGAUUGAGCGUGCGCAACGCGUUCUGGUCGUCGGCGGAGGAGCUCUUGAAUUCUCCAGUGACAUCAAGGACAUCUGGCCCGACAAGGAGGUGACAAUGUUACAUUCACGCAAACGUGUUCUGCCGCGAUACCCGCAAGAGAUGCACGAUGCAGCCAUCAACGGGCUCGAGGCGCUUGGCGUGCGGGUUGUGCUUGGCCAACGUGUCGUUCAUUGGCCGGCCAGCAAUGCCGAGGGCGUCGAAAAGGUCGUGACGACUGACAAGGGCGAGACGUUCAUCGCCGACCUCGUGCUGCCGUGUACAGGAACCAAGCCACACUCGGCACUCAUGGCGGCGAUGGAUACCCACACAGUCAACCCGACAAAUGGACGGAUUGCUGUACGCUCCACCAUGCAAGUACGACGUUUCGACGUCGCUCACGAGAUGGCCGGCCUUUCAGUGGAUGACAAGACGAUCGAGGAGGGCUCGGAUGCCGACCUGGACCACAUGUUCGCAAUCGGUGACUCUGCCGACACGUCGGCGAUCCAGGCGGGCCAUGUAUCGUUCUACCAGGGUGUGGUGGCUGUCAAUAACAUCAUCAAGAUGAUCGAGCGGGAGAACAAGGUGUUGGCCAAUGGCACUCUCAGUAACGGGUGCGCGCCCGUCGCACUGGAAGAUUACACUCCCACGCCGCCAAUGCUCAAACUCACCCUCGGCUUGAAACACUACGCGACGGCUAUGCCAGACGGCGUGACAACUGCUGACGACGGCGAAGAUGACCUCCAUGCCCGGCUCAUGUGGGGCGCCUAUCAUGCCGACGACCUGCCAGACCACGCUUAG